AUGUGGAAUCCUGUUCCUUCUCUGUAUAUGCUAUUAAGCUUGUCCUUCACUGUGUUUCAACUGGUUUUUGCUAAAUAUCAUUUUAAUACUUCUGAAACAUCUUCAAGUGCAAAUGUACUUGCCCUUUUAUCCUGGAAGGCUAGCCUUGAAAGUGAAAGCCAAUUGCUUCUUUCAUCUUGGAUGAACACUAGCACAAGUCCUUGCCAUUGGGACUGCAUUCGUUGCGACAACCUUGGACGAGUGACUGAGAUGAAUAUGCCAAAUUAUCUCAUAAAGGAAUUUGGAAUGCUAGAGUCUCUUUUUUUGCUCAGAACGUAUCUUACUGGCGCAAUCCCGGUAUCUAUUGGUAACUUGAGCAGCUUGAGUCUUCUAUACCUUGAUGAAAACAAAUUCUCUGGGCAUAUUCCACAAGAAAUAGCGAUGUUGAGUUCCCUAAAAGGUCUCUUUCUGUCAAGAAACACAUUUAUUGGCUCCAUUCCGACUUUGUUUGGUAACUUGACCAACUUAGAGUCCCUGAAAAAGAAUACCAAAGCUGACAAAAGUUCAUCCUUUUACCGAGUUACUAAGUGGACAAGUACUUGGGUAAAAAAAUUUCAUCCAUUAGAUAAUGGAGAAUUGAACAGCUUGAAAAGUUUUGAAAGUGAAACAAAAACUUUAUUGAAAAUCCGCCAUCAUAAUGUUGUAAAGCUUUAUGGAUUUUGUUCACAUGCAAGACAUUCUUUCUUGGUUUACGAGUUCUUGGAAGGAGGAAGCUUGUCAGAGAGACUUAGGAAUGAUGAAAAAGCGACAGAGUUAGACUGUAUUAAGAGGGUGAACAUUGUCAGAGGGGUGGCAUAUGCAUUAUCUUAUAUGCAUCAUGAAUGUUCACCUCCUAUUCUUCAUCGGGAUAUAUCAAGUAAGAAUGUUUUGUUAGACUGUGAGGAUAAGCCCCGUGUUUCUGAUUUUGGUACUGCAAAACACCUAAAGUCAAACUCCUCUAAUUGGACUUCUUUUGCUGGAACUUUUGGAUAUGUUGCUCCAGAGUUUGCUUACACUAUGGAGGUAAACAAAAGUUGUGAUACCUACAGCUUUGGAGUGCUAUCAUUGAAAGUGAUCUUAGGUCGGCAUCCAGCUGAUAUUGUUGAAGCUAUGUCAUCACUUUCAUCAACAUCAGAAAUCCUUGACAUAUUGUUAAAAGAUUUCAUUGAUCAACGGCCAUUACUUCCCUCUCGAGUGGCUGAAGAAUUGAUCAAGAUCACAAAGAUAGCAUUUACAUGUCUUAAUCCGAGUCCUCAACUUAGGCCAACCAUGCAACAAGUUUCUGCAUCUUUAGCCAAAGAAAAGGCACUUUUGAAGAACUCUUUUCCUUUUAUUACUUUAGGCCAACUAAUUGAUGCUGAAUUAGGUAGUUCCUAUUUAACUUCUUGUGUAGUUCUGUUUUCUUUUUUUCCGUUUGCUGUUGUGAUGUUUUCUCCUAUUGUACUCUAAAUUUCCUUUUUAUAUUAUACAAUAAAGUAAAUGUUUUGCACACAAAACAUUGAACUAGAUGUUGGAUCUGUGCUUAUCAUUCUUUAUGGUGGAAACUUGGUUGACUGAACGAGCUGUGUGAAGUAGGGGUUGUUGUUGUCUACUGCUAUUUCUCCUAUUACGGAAAAUCUAGAUCUCUUGUUCGCCAGGAAAAAAUUAAGCAACUGUGGACUGAUAUGCUCAAGUGGAGGAUGAAAUUUUGGUGCAGAUGUUAUCGUGGAGGUAGAAUUUUGAAAACACUAGUUAAAAUUUAUUUGGAAAGCCAUAAUCUGGUGUCAUCAGUUAGUAUUUUGGUUCCUAAUUUCCUUAGAGACAUUCUGGAAGUCGAUCCGCUUCUAUUCUGGUGUUGCUUCUGCAUUCAUUUUAUCUCAGAUUUCUCUUUCUAUACCCAACAGAAUUGAGAGAAAUCAAAACGACGCGCGCUUUUUAUGUGUCUUAUGUAUCAGGUGAACAAAAACUAGGUUUAUUGAUGGAGCUAUCUCCUUGGAUCUAAUGAUAGAAACUGAGUGAAAAAUAAAGCCAAAUGAUUUGAGUGGCUUCACUUUCUAGAAUUACACUAAAUAUUCAUUCAUCCUAGACCAGUUCUUCUAUCUAAGUAAUUUAUUUCUCCUUAUGUGACUUAUUGCAACAAACUUAUUGUAACCUACUGUGUUGAACUUUGGAGUAUAGUAAGCAUGCAUUUUGAGAGCUUAGUGCUUACCAAAACAAAGGGACACAACUUCUGAGAGACAUAGUGUUGGAGUCUUUUUUCCCUAUUUAACAAAAUUAGUGUCUAUUCUCUUCAACAAUUGGAUCUUUUCCAUGUGUAGUCCUAAGAUCUUUUCUAAGUGCUCACAUAAAAUAGAUGACUUGAUGCCCAAAAAGUGCAACAAUAUGCUUCGGGGAAUAAAUUAAUUGUUGGCAUCUUUGUGGAGUUAGCUAAUGUGAGAAAAUGGUAUUAAAAGUUGUUCAUGAGUCUUGGUAUUGAUUCAUUGUAAAAGGGUAUCUGUUGAGGACCUCUAUGUUGUUGGUGUCUUCACUUUUAAUUUAUAGCUGUGAACUAGGAAUUACAUCAUUUUAUUGUGGGAUAGUCCUAUAACUUUUUGAUAAAGACUGCAAAACAAUCAUGGUGUUGUUUAGAAUUUUUGUGCAGUCUGGUUUAGCUGCAGGAUUAGAAGGGGUGAACUUGAUCCUGGUUUCCAAUUGGUGAAUCUGUUUUCUGCAGAAUGCACAUUAAGGUGCCUUUGAUAUGCCAUUAUAUGAGAGGGUGGGAGAAUAUCCUGUAAUUCUGUUGAAUUAUCGUCUGUGCAUUUCAGGAAAUAAGUGAUUAAAUCUCUGUUAAGCUCCUAAAGAACAUAGUAAAUAUGAGUCCUUU